GUUUACUCAGCAGAGAUUCAAUUAGACGAGCUUUACAGACGGGUAUAACAGCACGCCAAAUUUGUCAAUAUUUACGAUCAAAUUCUCAUCCACAGAUGCAGCAACAACAUUCGUCUUCUAUUCCUAUGUCUUCAACCUCAUUGAUUCCAGUAACAAUUACUGAUCAGAUUUACUUAUGGGAACAAGAGAGACGAAGGUUUACAUGUUCGGAAGGUACUCUAUAUUCAGCUUUUGAUUCAGAAGCCGAAUUUGUUGCAUUUCGUGAUUUUUCACUUGAAAAUAAAUUUGCAUUUUGGUAUUGCAAUAUUUCAAGGCAAGUUCUAAUUGAUUCAGAAUGGGAUGGACGUGUUAAAGAUUGGUGGACAGAAUAUAGAAAGACUUUGUGAAAUGACCUAACUUCCUUUUUUGCAUUAGUAUUUUUUUU